AUACACGUACGAUCCCUAAAGAUCCCGAAAGGAAUCUGUUCCUGUCUCCGUCUGUAUCCUCGCUGCAUCCAGAGUCGAUUUGGAAACAAAGUCGCUAGAAGUGUAUUCAUUUCUGCAAACGCUGCAGCGGCAGUCGGUAGUACUUCCUCGAAACCUCAGGUCCGCGGUGUCAACCUAAACCGUACAUGGGCGGAGCUGCCAUACCACACCCCACCCUACCCGGGAUCAGCGCAGAGCGCACAGUGGAUGUUGGCGAUAAUCUCGCUGACAGGACGGCUGAGCUGACCGGCGCGCGCUCCUCUUCUCAGCUGUCGGUGAAACGCGUUAAAUCACAGGCACAGGUCGGUGUCUAAAAGCCCGCUCUCCCGGGAGCCUGCGGCGAAGUCGCUACGGCGGCGGAGACUGAAAAACUUUCGAUCCAGCCCAACAAGGUUUUGUGGUGCAAUGAUGACGAAAGUCAGAGAAGUUCUCCUGCUGUUGUUGCUGCCAGCCUUUGUGCCGCACACAGACGGAACGCGUUAUAGUUUACCUGGCAAGCCCACAGAGAUCAAAUGCCGUUCUCCAGAGAAAGAGACCUUCACAUGCUGGUGGAAGCCAGGAUCUGAUGGGGGCCUGCCUACUACAUACGCUCUCUACUAUCGGAAAGAAGGUUCUAACGUAGUGCACGAGUGUCCUGACUACCACACAGCCGGGAAGAACUCCUGCUUCUUUAACAAGAACGACACCGUCAUCUGGGUCAGCUACAACAUCACCGUGGUGGCCACCAACGCACUGGGCAAGACCUACUCUGACCCUGUGGAUAUAGACGUGGUCUACAUUGUCAAGCCUCAUCCUCCAGAAAAGCUAGAAGUGACAGUAAUGAAGGAUCAGGGCUGGCCUUUUCUUCGAGUGUCUUGGGAACCACCUCGUAAGGCUGACACCCGCUCUGGUUGGAUCACUCUAAUCUAUGAGCUCCGCGUCAAGUUGGAGGAGGAGGAAAGCGAAUGGGAGAAUCAUGUUGCGGGCCAGCAGAAGAUGUUUAACAUUUUCAGCCUGCGGUCAGGUGGUACAUACCUUAUUCAGGUGCGCUGUAAGCCCGAUCACGGCUUUUGGAGUGAAUGGAGUUCCACUUCCUACGUCAAAGUUCCAGAGUAUCUCCAUCGGGAAAAGUCUGUCUGGAUCCUCAUUUUAGUCUUUUCUGCCUUCAUUUUACUGAUCCUCAUAUGGCUGAUACACAUGAAUAGCCACAGUCUGAAGCACUGCAUGCUGCCGCCAGUCCCUGGUCCUAAAAUCAAAGGCUUUGACAAGCAGCUUCUCAAGAGUGGCAAGUCUGACGAGGUGUUCAGCGCACUGGUGGUGUCUGACUUCCCACCAACCACGUCUAACUAUGAGGACUUGCUGGUAGAAUACUUAGAAGUGUAUGUGCCAGAACAGCAGGAACUGAUGGUCGACGAAGGCAAGGAUCAUGACGGCUGCCUGAAAUCCAUAGGCUCAGCAUCCGACAGUGACUCUGGCCGGGGCAGCUGUGACAGUGACAAUCUGUUGAUGGAUAAGAGUGGCGCGGCAAAAGAGGAACAGCAGCAACAAAAUCAGGAGGGAGAUCAAAUUGGGACGGAGACACAAGGGCCCAAAGAAGCCUGGGAGAAGGAAACGAUGCUAUGUGCUAAUGAAGAUGUAGUUAGCCCCGAUGCAUCAAGUAAGAAGGUUAAGACCUGGCCUUCUGUGUUUUCCCCAGUGACUCCUUACAGCCUAAGCCCACUGGAUCCACACAACUCACUUGAGAUGCACAAACAGAAUUGCCUUUCUGACACCCAGUUUCCUCCGGGCUCCCCAUCCUCAGACCACUGCAUCAAAAAGGCUCUCCAAUCAAGCUACUGGGAGGUCUGCUUUAAUAAUAAUCAACCUUAUCCCCAGACAGAUGUCCACCAGCAACUCCAGGCCCACAGCGAUCGCAACAUCUCAGCCAUCAAUGACGGAAAUGCGCCCAGGAAUCUGCUGUUGCCCACCCGGAUGACUGAGUAUGUUGAAGUGCAAAGGGUCAAUGAGGAGAAUAAGGUGCUUCUCCAUCCUAUUCCUUCAGGCCAUACCCGUGAAGAAGCCUGCUCCUGGGUAGGACAUGGAGACAACUACAGCAAAGUGAAAGGGGUAAACAGUGACAAUGUGCUGCUGCUCCAGAGAGAGGUGGUGGAAGAAGAGAGCAUGGAAAUGGCUGGAGCAGCCGAGAGCUGCUACACAUCUUCCAUCACUAUUAACACUCCUAAGCCAACAACCUGCAGUCACAUUGCCCUGCCGGUCCAGGAGGAAAGGGUUCUGGCAGUAAGUGGGUAUGUCGACACUGCCACUAUGUUCUCCCUGGACACUUAGCAGACAUGCCAGCCCAAAUUGGCAGUUGUAGAACAUUGCAAGAGGCGGGGACUGAAAGAUACGAAAAAGCACUAACACUCCUUAAAAAAAAAAAAUUGCCAAGACAAUGUAUAUUUAUUUUUUUAUCUUCUUCUCCUGUAAGAGACAUGUCUUUGCUGAGGGCAGAGCAGUAACACACUAUUGAUUAUCAAAUAAUUGUUAUUGAAUAUCUUGACUAAUGCGCUUAAUUGAGUUUUGUAAUUCUUCUAAAAAUCCACGUGGUACUUUAUAUGAGCAUCCUGAUUGUACUGGAUGUCUAUCAUGAACCAUCCUCUCUGGCACAUAAACGUUGUUUUCAUCGAUCCUAUUGAUAUACCAUAUAGUAAUUGUGAUUAUCUGUUAAAAACUGCAGAAACCCCGACCUUCUACUUUGUCUCAGUUUUUUGUAUGUGAGUGUAUUUUCCCUUUUCCUUAUAGAUACCAACACUACAUUUUUAAGCUGCUUUCUCUAAAGCUACAAUAUGUAUAGCAUUAAAAUUAAAAACAAACACAACAAAACACAGCAAAAGUGAGAAUGUACUGCUCUAUUUUUUCAUUCAGAGAGAAUGAGAAUGUUUUUCUGUAAAUACACCUCCUGCAGUUUUAAUCUGCAAAGAUAUUUAGAUUUUUGGAAGGCGGAGUAGUGUUGUAUUACUUGGUAUGGUAACGUACAACACUGCUCUUUAUUCCUGUAUGCACAGAUGUCUGUAUAGCCUACACGUACCUAUAUAAAUAUAUGUAUAGUUUUAACAUGAAAUGUAAAAUCUUUGUGGAAAGUCAUGUUUAUAACAAAAUAAAAAAAAAACUCAGUAAUGGAA